AUGAAGCAAUCGGCAAAAACUCGUUCAACACUCGAUCCCAAUAUCGACGUCAUAAAAUACAUCGAUAAGAAAGUGAACGAAGCACCGGCUGUAAUCUCGCAAAAUGAACCAGUGUCUUCUGGAGUGCGCCCAUCCACAGACACAGGAUCUUCGUCGCAUCAGACUCCGCCGAUUUUCACCAGUGCCCCAACAUCUGUGAAUUCUGCUCCGCCAUUUAUGUACGCAGCCGUUGGAUCAUCCUGUAUGGACGACGCCCCCAAAGCCUUCAAUACAGAGGGAACUCCUGCAAAUCUCUCGACUAGGACUUCGUUCUCCAAUAUAACCAUCGAAAGCGGUCUUUCAGGAGUCACCAGGGACAUGAACUCUAUGAAAAUAACGAACAACGUAAUGAGCAGCCAAACUCCGCCUGUCAAGGAAGAAACAUCAGCGCCUCCUGCACUUUUCUUUCAACCGCCCAUGCAAUCUCAGCCGGGCAAUAUCCCACUAAGCAACGCAGUAAUCGAAAACACCGACCAAGUGAAGGUUUUUCCGAUGGUAGAGGACACGCCACAUCAAGGACAUUCCAGAACCUCGAGCAACACAAGCCUUGUUGAUUCAAAUGAAGACGGGUCUUCGAUCGAUCUCGACGAGUUAGCAGAACUUGGAAUGCCUAAAAACUCCGAAUCUCGUACUGGCGAUGUCAUUUCUCCGAUAGAUCCGCCUUAUUUCGAUCCACCAGUUCAGCGUAGUCCAAAGAAACCAGCUCCAGCCUUCAGUACUGGGUCUCUUCCAAUCGUUUCUCCCAGUAAAUCAAAAAAACCGUCGAAAGCCGCGUCAGAAAGUGGAGCUAUGAUCACGCCAACGCGAAUUCCCCGAGGUCGCCGGUCUGCUCGAAGGAGUUCGGGUUCAAGGAGUCACCGAAGCGGCUCGGAUUCCCGUGAGGGCUACUCCCGAACUCCAAAGUCCGUUAGACCCAUGUUUCCACCAGAAAAAAGAAUACAGCAUCCAGUUCACAGUACUCCUCACACCCCGUCCGAUCCGCAAAAGUCUUUUUCUCCAAAAGCAAAGCUCAAAGGAUGGAAGGACAAAAUUUUGCCAAAAGAUAAGAAAUCCAAAAAUCCCGAAUCGAAAUCACCCAAUUCUGACUCUGCAAUUCUAAUGCUAAGAACUCCUUCAAGAGCUGAACUCGCAUCACCGCCAAAAUCAUCGGAAGAAAGAGCGACGAAAAGAGACGUUGGGAUUUGGAGAGCUUGCUUGUACCCAGCUGCUGUUAUGCCAUUAGUUUUAACAACAGUGAUGAAGAUGCGUAGUGCUAAUAGAAUGAACAACGCGCUUCAUUUAAGUCGUCUUAGAAAAAUCGGUCUUCCCUUAUUCUUAUCGACAGGUUUUAUGGAAAUGUGGGGCGACAACUACCUGCUUUCAAAAAAGAUGCCAGAAGGCUUCUACAAGUUUCAAUACGAAUAUAUUGCGGCUAAGCACGGCUCGAAAUUCUACCUGCCCGACGAUGUCAUUGAAAAAUAUUGGCGAGAAAACGAGCUUGAAUUUGAAUGGCGUUUCGAAUGCAAGGCGUUAUCUACGUUAUCAAAGUACAAAGAUCCAGCUCAACGAGAGAAUAUCCGCGAACUUCGAACAAUAAAAGAACGCUAUUCUAUUGAGUCAAAUUUUAACGAAGACUUUUGGCAGGAAAAGCUUGAUUACUGGAACAAUCGACCUCAACAUCUUAACUUCGAUCCUAAUGAAGAUGAAGAAGAUUACAACCCAGAGAAUUUUCGCGCUGUCGUCGAGCGAAUGUUUGAGAACAUGCAUGGAAUCGCGAGAAUUGAACGAUCUGGAGUGGUGUUAGGAAAUCGCGCCAGGCUUUCGGAGUUCAGACAGCGAACUUCUUCGGGCACCCAGCAAAGACCCCGAAGGCAGCGCGUGCGUCGCGCAAGGCACAACACAGAGCCAACAUCGAGGAAUUCUGAUGAUUCAGACAACGAAACGAAUAACUUUGACUGGGCGAUCGCGGCGAAGCACAAGUAUUUAUCGGUAUCGGAAGAUGUUUUUGCCAGAAAGACGCUUUUCCCGGCAAAUGAAAUUAUCACUUUGCCGGUUAUGACGUAUGGUCCACAGGAUUUAGUCCUUUUUCCUGGUCAAGAUGUACCGAUCAAUGCUGUUUAUCCUUCCACAAAAGCCUUACUGAGCGCUGUCUUGAAAAGCGACUCAAAGUUGAUGGGUUACUUCAUCGACAUCUCCGAAAUCGACUCCAAAGAUAUCCCAGUCUAUGAACCGAAUCAAACCACAGGAAAAAUCUGCAUAGGAUGUUCAAUGCGCGUCCGCCACAAGACAGAAGAAUCUCCCGAUGAUCGCCAGAAUUUCCACGUUUCUGUAGUCGCUGAGUGUCUCCAGCGUUUCGUUGUUCAAAAGACCUGGAGCUCGGUUCGUCAUGGAGAAAGCUACGAUGCCGACGAAGUCGGAUACACGAUGGCCCAAGUGCGCAUUUUGCCUGAAGUAAACUCUUCCGCUCCUUUUGGUUCCGUUCAGAAUAAACAUAAAGCUCGUCUAACACUCGGAAAUCACACGAAACCUUAUCUACAGAGUCUUCUCUAUCCCACUACUCGUCUUCCGCGGCACCUCAUCGACAAAAUGGACCCUUUCCAGCGUCAACAACGAAUCGUCAAAUGGCUUCAAGAUUGGUGCAAGUUACCGAAUGAUUCAGAAAACAACAAGCAGCUAAUUCCAACAAACCCCAGAGAACUCUCUUACUGGGCGGCUCAGCAAGUUCCAGCUAAUCGUGAAUUCAAAAUUACCUACCUUGCCCAACAUUCUCCUCAAGCUCGUUUAGAGCUUCUCGAGCAACACCUCAAUAAUUUUUCGGUUUUCCUUGGUUGCCAAAGAUGUCAAAAUCGUCUUUCAAGCAAAAAAUAUGUUUUCGUCAUGAGUUCCAGUGGCGUCAGUGGAAAUUAUGUGAACCCGCAUGGAUAUGCACAUCAUAUGAUGACCCUGCGAGAAUGCUACCAGUCAAAUAUACAAUAUCAAGGACCACCUUCUGAAGAAUACAGCUGGUUUCCCGGAUAUUCUUGGCAAGUGAUCGUGUGCUCGACAUGCUACAAUCAUAUCGGCUGGGAAUUCGUAGCAGUAGACAAUGAUCUCAGACCGCGUCGUUUCUUCGGUCUUUCUCUUAAAAGCAUAACUACUCAUUUCGUCGGCGAUUCAAGACACAUUGAGUACUCUGGAGAUAGUGACGAGGACAACUGGAGCGACUAUGACGAUUCAUACGGUGAAGGGGAUGUCUGGAGCGAUCGGCCGGAUCAAGUCGAUAUUUUUGCUCAUUUGCGGACUUAA